AGUUCCGGCCGGAGUGGGCAAGCGACCGAAUCAAAGUGUUUUGUAUUCCAGAUUCCGGUCUUUGAUGCGGUAUAGGAGGAAGAGGAGGAGGAGGAGGACGGGAAAUAUGGUAUACUCGGCGGGCAUUCCGGAAGACGGGACAAGAAGGAACCAGUUUGCGAUCGAGGAACUGGUUGGUGUUUGUUGUUUUACUUUCCGCGGGAGGUUGCGACGCAUAUCUAAAGGAACUGGCAACAAACGUAUUCCAAUCAGAUCCUGCCGUCCACGUGUGGUACCGCGUUGCAUCCGUAGAACCCACGGAAGCAGCAGCCACGUUGUUUCGUACGCAUACUCCACAAACCCACAUUGUGUCGUACUCCGGUGGCCAUCAAUCCGUCAGAGAUCCAAGAUUGGCUUUGCAUCCCUGUACAACUUUGAUCAGCUCGUCGGGGAUCAAAAGUCCAGCAUGACCAAAAUGCUGCCAGGAGAACACCAAUCCAAGCCUGAAGCUGCGAUCAAGGAAAAUCAAGGAAUUUUGAGAAGAAUCGGCGAUCCGGAAGUUAAAUUUCGUGAAAAAGUUAAUAUUAUUGUGAAAUUAGAUGUGUUUGAAUAA